GGCCUGCAGAGCGCAUGCUCUGGGGCAGUUCGCGGCCGGGCUGGCGAGCGGAGGAGUUCCAUGGAUGGCGGACCUGCCAGCCAGGACAGGAAGAUGCCACCCAAGCGUAUAGCUAAGAGAAGGUCACCCCCAGAAGAUGCCCUCCCGAAAAGCAAGAAGGUGAAGGACUCUCGUAACCAGGCAGCGAGGGCCGUUGCCUCCCGCCGCAUUCCAGGCGCCCGCUCCUGCCAAGGUGCCUGUGGGCAGAGCCCUCCUGACCAGAAAGCCCGACCAGUCUCACAUAGGUCCCACAGCACAGAACCAGGCUUGGUGCUGACACUGGGCCAGGGCGAUGUGGGCCAGCUGGGGCUAGGCGAGAAUGUGAUGGAGAGGAAGAAGCCAGCCCUGGUGCCCAUUCCAGAAGACAUCGUGCAGGCUGAAGCUGGGGGCAUGCACACCGUGUGUCUAAGCAAAAGUGGUCAGGUCUACUCCUUCGGCUGCAAUGAUGAGGGUGCCCUGGGAAGGGACACAUCAGCAGAGGGCUCAGAGAUGGUCCCCGGGAAAGUGGAACUGCAAGAGAAGGUGGUGCAGGUGUCAGCAGGAGACAGUCACACAGCGGCCCUCACCGAGGACGGCCGAGUCUUCCUGUGGGGCUCCUUCCGGGACAACAACGGUGUGAUCGGGCUCUUGGAGCCCAUGAAAAAGAGCAUGGUGCCUGUGCAGGUGCAGCUGAGCACGCCGGUGAUGAAGGUGGCCUCAGGAAACGACCACUUGGUGAUGCUGACAGCUGAUGGCGACCUCUAUACUUUGGGCUGUGGAGAGCAGGGCCAGCUGGGCCGUGUGCCUGAAUUGUUUGCCAAUCGUGGUGGCCGGCAGGGCCUUGAACGACUCCUGGUCCCCAAGUGUGUGAUGCUGAAAUCCAGGGGAAGCCGGGGCCAUGUCAGAUUCCAGGAUGCCUUCUGUGGCGCCUACUUCACCUUUGCCAUCUCCUCUGAGGGCCAUGUAUAUGGCUUUGGCCUCUCCAACUACCAUCAGCUUGGAACCCCAGGCACAGAAUCUUGCUUUGUACCUCAGAACCUGACAUCCUUCAAGAACUCCACCAAGUCCUGGGUGGGCUUCUCUGGUGGCCAGCACCAUACUGUCUGCAUGGAUUCAGAAGGAAGAGCGUACAGCCUGGGCCGGGCUGAGUAUGGGCGACUGGGCCUUGGGGAGGGCGCUGAGGAGAAGAGCAUACCCACCCUCAUCUCCAGGCUGCCCCCUGUCUCCUCAGUGGCUUGUGGGGCCUCUGUGGGAUAUGCUGUGACCAAGGAUGGACGUGUUUUUGCCUGGGGCAUGGGCACCAACUACCAGCUGGGCACAGGACAGGAAGAGGAUGCAUGGAGCCCUGUGGAGAUGACAGGCAAGCAGCUGGAGAACCGCGUGGUCUUAUCUGUGUCCAGCGGAGGCCAGCACACAGUCUUACUAGUCAAGGACAAGGAGCAGAGCUGAUGAAGCCUCUGAGGGCCUGGUUGCCGGCCCCUACCUCCCUCCCAGAACAGGGAAGCUGCGAUGACUGCGUAUCCCAGCAGACCUCCCCCAGCCCCAAGCACUCUGUCAUCUCCUGCUUUUUUCCCUAGAGCAGAACAGAAUCCUUUUCCUCCUCUUUUUUUUCCCCUCCUUUCUGGGAUCAUCCUGGGACCUACAGGAUGAGGGUGGGAGAUAUGGCAGAGGGGAGGGAGUUUUGUCAGAAGGAAUAUUGCUCACCCCACAGCUAUGUGGUUAGACCUUUCCCCCUCAUCCCUACCUCCCUUGGUCCUGGCUGACCCUGGUUUUGCCUACCAAAAACCAAAACUUCCUCUGCUGGGUGUUUGGUGCCCAUACCCUGAGGAGUUGGGGCUCCUUCAAGCCCUCUCUAGUAGUCGUGUGCCACUCUUCCUGUCCUUCACAGCCCACAGGCAGACAAAUGGUACAGUCGUCAGACCCAGUUGUCAUGGACCUAUGCCUGGGGGAAACUGGAGAAGGGGCAGGGCUACCCAGCCAUGGGCAACCCCAAGCCAAAUGUUUGGCCUUGAACAGGUGCCCAUGAGGCAAACAAAAAAAAGAUUCUCGACUUGAUAAGAAAAAGCCAAUCAGCCUUUCUCCCAGAAGCACAAAGCAUUCUUCCCUUCAAACAUUGACUGCAGUAUCUCACCCAUCCAACCUGAGUCACCUGCAGCCAAGGGCCUGAAAUCUGGAAAGAAAGCUACGCCUGCAGGAGAGGACCUUGGGAGAGAGGGAAGGAGUGCUUUAUAAAUAAACCUAUAGCAAUACUGAGAGUGAAGUGAGGGAGGGAGGGAGGGAGGGGAAGAGGGCUAGAGGGGCAGAGGCUGGUCCCCAGAAAGGGAAGCAGCAGCUUGUACAGUGGCUAAAAAAAUAGAAAAGAGUUUUGAAUUUUUUUUUAAUGUAAAGUAUUUUGGAGGGAAGAGUGAAAUCUUUUAACACUUUGAAUAAAUUUAGAGUUUUAUAAAA